GCAAUUUCUCUCGAGCAAAACCCUAAUUUCAGGUUUUGGGUUUUCCUUCUUUCACUGUCAAUUUUGAUGAGAUUUGUGAUUCAGUGAUUAGAAUGAGUGCUCAUGAGCAAACUCGAUCCGCCAAUGGCAAUGGUGAGUCUAUUCUCGGGAUUCCAGAUGAUUUACGGUGCAAGAGAUCGGAUGGUAAACAGUGGAGAUGCACUGCAAUGUCCAUGGCUGAUAAAACCGUGUGUGAGAAGCACUACAUCCAAGCAAAGAAACGGGCAGCUAAUUCGGCUUUCAGGGCGAACCAGAAGAAAGCGAAACGGAGAUCAUCAUUAGGCGAAACAGAUACAUAUUCGGAAGGGAAGAUGGAUGAUUUCGAGUUACCAGUCACCAGCGUUGACCACUAUAAUAACGGUCUUGCCUCUGCUUCCAAGAAUAAUGGUAGAAUAGAAAAGAGACAUAACAAAAGCUUGAUGCGGUACUCGCCCGAGACACCGAUGAUGAGGAGUUUCUCUCCACGUGUUGCAGUUGAUUUGAAUGAUGACUUGGGUAGAGAUGUUGUAAUGUUUGAAGAGGGCUACAGAUCGUAUAGGACACCACCAUCUGUUGCUGUAAUGGAUCCAUCACGCAACAGAUCACACCAAAGCACGAGUCCUAUGGAAUACUCAGCAGCAAGCACAGAUGUGUCUGCAGAGUCUUUGGGGGAAAUCUGCCAUCAAUGCCAGAGAAAAGAUAGAGAUAGAAUCAUUUCUUGCCUCAAAUGCAAUCAAAGAGCCUUCUGCGAAAAUUGUAUAUCGACAAGGUACUCGGAGAUAUCACUUGAAGAAGUUGAGAAAGUUUGCCCUGCAUGUCGUGGUUUGUGUGAUUGCAAAUCUUGCCUGCGUUCUGAUAAUACAAUAAAGGUUCGGAUCCGGGAAAAACCCGUUUUGGACAAGUUGCAGUAUCUUUAUCGUCUAUUAUCAGCUGUCCUCCCAGUGAUAAAGCAGAUCCAUCUUGAACAAUGUACGGAAGUUGAACUAGAGAAGAGGCUUCGUGGAGCUGAGAUUGAUCUUGUCAGGGCAAGAUUGAAAGCAGAUGAGCAGAUGUGCUGCAACGUGUGUCGGAUACCAGUUGUUGACUACUACCGUCAUUGUCCGAACUGCUCAUAUGACCUUUGCCUAAGAUGCUGUCAAGAUCUACGGGAAGAGUCUUCAGUUAAGAUUAGUGGGACUAACCAAAACAUAAGAGAAAGUAAAGGAGCUCCUAAACUAAAACUAAACUUUUCAUACAAGUUUCCUGAGUGGGAAGCCAACGGUGAUGGGAGCAUCCCUUGCCCUCCUAAUGAGUAUGGAGGCUGCGGUUCCCGUUCUUUGAAUCUCGCUCGCAUUUUCAAGAUGAAUUGGGUCGCAAAGCUUGUGAAAAAUGCUGAGGAAAUUGUUAAUGGCUGCAAAUUAUCUGAUCUUCGGAACCCUGAUAUGUGCGAUUCCAGUUUCUGCAAAUUUGCUGAGAGAGAAGUGAGCGGUGACAACUACGUGUACAGCCCGUCGCUUGAAACAAUUAAAACUGAUGGAGUAGCUAAUUUAGAGCAACAAUGGGCAGAGGGUCGGCUUGUUACUGUGAAAAGGGUACUUCACGACUCAUCUUGCUCUAGAUGGGAUCCUGAGACUAUUUGGAGGGAUAUAGACGAGCUUUCAGACGAGAAACUGAGAGAACAUGAUCCAUUCUUGAAGGCCAUUAAUUGCGUGGACGGUUCAGAGGUUGAUGUAAGACUUGAGGAGUUUACAAAAGCAUAUAAAGAUGGUAAAAACCAAGAGACAGGUCUUCCACUACUAUGGAAGUUAAAGGACUGGCCAAGCCCAAGUGCUUCUGAGGAGUUCAUUUUCUACCAAAGACCUGAGUUUAUCAGAAGUUUUCCGUUUCUAGAGUACAUCCAUCCCCGGUUAGGCCUUCUGAAUGUUGCAGCCAAGUUACCUCAUUACUCCCUCCAAAACGAUGCAGGUCCAAAGAUUUAUGUGUCUUGUGGGACAUACCAAGAAAUUGGUACUGGCGAUUCAUUGACUAGUAUUCACUACAACAUGCGUGACAUGGUAUACCUCUUGGUGCACACAUCUGAAGAAACAACAUUUGAAAAGGUGAGAGAAAUGAAACCUGGUCCAGAAAAACCCGACCAGAAGAUGAGCGAAAAUGAGUCACUUCUUAACCCUGAGGAAAAAUUAAGGGACGGAGAGUUACAUGAUCUAUCACUUGGUGAAGCCAAUAUGGAGAAGAAUGAACCUGAGUUGGCGUUGACUAUGAAUCCAGAGAACUUAACGGAAAACGGUCACAACAUGGAAUCUUCUUGCACAUCUUCAGGUGCAGGAGGAGCCCAGUGGGAUGUCUUUCGACGGCAAGACGUCCCAAAGCUGGCCGAGUAUUUGCUGAGAACAUUCCAGAAGCCUGAUAAUAUCCAGACUGAUUUUGUGUCACGCCCGUUGUAUGAAGGAUUGUUCUUAAAUGAACACCACAAGAGACAACUAAGAGACGAGUUUGGAGUUGAGCCAUGGACAUUUGAGCAACAUCGGGGUGAGGCUAUCUUCAUUCCGGCUGGAUGUCCGUUCCAAAUCAAGAAUCUUCAGUCGAAUAUUCAGGUGGCACUUGACUUCUUGUGCCCUGAAAGCGUUGAAGAGUCAGCAAGAUUAGCUGAAGAAAUCCGGUGUUUACCAAACGACCACGAGGCAAAACUUCAGAUUCUAGAGAUUGGAAAGAUAUCGUUAUACGCAGCUAGCUCAGCCAUUAAAGAGGUUCAGAAACUGGUCUUGGAUCCAAAAUUUGGAGCAGAGCUUGGUUUUGAGGACUCGAACUUAACCAAAGCAGUCUCUCACAACUUAAACAAGGCAACCAAGCGGCCUCAGCAAAUGAGCUGCACUUAAAUCAGUCAAGAUUUGUAUAGUAGUAUAAAUAUCAUUGUUGUGACUUUAGUUUAGACUACUAUUCAGGAUUUGUAAUGUAUCUAUGACUCUGUGUAUAUCAUGCUUCAUAAAGUAUAUUCAUAACC